CAAGGGCACGUGUAGGUUGAACUCUGGAUGGGCGCGGCCGAGCGGCUGGUCCCAUUGGUGAGGGAUCGCUUCGCCGAGUUUCAGAGGCUUGCUCAGGCCAGAGGAGCCCUGAGCGCGCAGGGGCCUGCGGGAAGUCGCGGGUUGUCAGGCAGCAGCUUUGUGGGCGAUGGCACCAAGUCCAGUCCUUUUGGCUCGCAAGCUGCCCAGCCCAGCGUGCCUGAGGCCAACAGCUUCAUGAGGGAGUUCUUCGGCUGUGUGCGUGAACUCCAAGGAUUGCUGGACAAGGGCAGAGAAAAUGUGAAGGACAUGGGAGUGAUCCUUGGUGAAGCUCUCCAGGCAACGACUCAGGAACGGGAGGCAGAGGUCUCAGAGAAGCUUAACAAGCUGGUUGAGGAGACAAGCCAAGAGGUGGCUGACGUCAAGCGAGGCCUGGAAGUCCUGAAAAUCCGCUCGGAGGAGGAGGCCGCCAAGCAGCCCAACACCGCGCAGAUUAAGAUCAGGACGAACAUGCAGCAGGCCAUGGCCAAGAAGCAUCAGCAACUUUUGAUGGACUUCCAGAAGGCCCAGAUGGACUUUAAGCGGACCUUAGAGCAGCGGCAGCUGCGGGAGAUGCAAAUCCUCAUGCCAGAGGCCACAGAGGAGCAGCGGCAGGAGAUGGUGUCGGAGGGGCAAACCGUGGCGCUCAUGGUCGCUCAGAAGAUGGCCGGCACUCACGCGCUGCUUUUGGACGAGGUACGCCGAAUCCAGGAUAAGCACAAGGACAUCCUGCGCUUGGAGCAGAGCAUCGCAGACUUGGCGCAGAUGUUCGAAGAGAUGGCCGUUCUGGUGGAUGCGCAGGGCGAGGUGCUGGAUGCCAUCGAGGUGCACGUGAACAACACCAAGGGCUACACGGCCAAAGCAGAGAAGGAAUUGCACAAGACCCGGAAGUUGAUGCUUCAGGGUCGCAAGUGGAUGUGCUGCCUGUCAAUAUUCCUGCUUAUCGUACUACUUGUCAUUCUCGGCCCGAUUCUCAUUAGAUGAGUGCCAUCAAGCUUGGCCACGUCUGGAGCGCAGGCACAGCCACUCACGCAGUGUGUACAGUGUGCCUUGGUAAGCUUCUGGAAACCCAGAAGCCAGAGUUUGGACGAGAUGUUCCUGAGAGGCAUUUUGAAGUCGAC